AUGCACUGCGACUUCGCUCCUCCGCCCACGAAUCUACUCACCCAAUCUCCUACCGAACUGUCACCACCGGCGCCGCCAUCAGCACCGCGAAAACGGGGCCGCCCACGAAAGGACUGGGACGCCGUCCGGAAGUUACCGACGCCGACUGCCUCCGAAUCAUCCGAUGCGACCAAAACACCGCGCACACCGGCCCCUACAUCCAUUGAGCCCUCCUUCUCCCUCGCUCCUGCGGUGCUGAACCGGGACGAUCUCGAACUCCUACACCACUACAUGUGCCAUACAGCUAUUACCCUCGGUGAAGCACGUGUGUGGCGAGAACAUGUACCGCGGCUAGGCUUCCAACACCAAUACGUGUUUCACAUGGUUCUGGCGAUAUCAGCACAGCAUCUCGCCAGACUACGGCCGGCUGAGGCCACUCGCUACGAUGCUCUCGCAGAGCGGCACUCUACAAGUGCCCUGCCGGCGAUCACGACCCUUAUGCCGAAUAUCAACAAAGACAACUGUCAAGCGCUAUACCACACCACCGUGCUCGUCUGUCUAUCGACGUUUGCGAGGAAGCCAAGCCCAGGGCAUCUAUUAGUUGUCGCAGAAGACGGCGAGGUCCCUUGGUGGGGCCUACUCAGAGGCGUCCGUAUAGUCGUCCAAAAGAUGGGCAUACAGGCCAUAAUGGCGGGCUGGGAUGACGGAAACAUAUCUUUCGAACACACCUGGACUCACUGUCCGGCAUUGCCCGACCCCGUGCACAAGAUGGUCAUAUGGGAACAACGGCUUGAGGAGCUCGCCGAUCUAGUGGCCACGACGCCCGAGCCGGCACGUCAGAUGUACACGGACUCACUCGACUUGCUCAAGGACUGCUUCAAGCAAACGUUUGGCACCCAAGCCGAGCCGGAGGCGCACAUCGAAGGCCGAUUUGAGGUCGUUAUGCGCUGGCUGUAUAGCAUGAGCGACGACUUCGUACUUCGCAUCCAGCACAGGGAAGCGCUAUCCCUAAUAUUGCUAGGGCAUUUUAAUGUCUUGGUCCAAACCCUUGAACAUUUCUGGUUCAUGCAAGGCUGGUCGGAGCACCUCAUGAAAGGGCUGUUCAGCACUCUACCAUCACAAUACGCCCAAUGGCUUCAAUGGCCGGCCGAACAGAUCAAAAAGCCAGGGUCCGUCGACCACGGUGUACUUUCAGUCCAGAAGAUGAUCGAUUGA